GGAGGGUAUAUUGGUUGUUAGGAAAAUGUAGAUUACUGGUGGAAAAUAACAUCCUCCAUUAAUAAGCUCUGAGGUGCGACUCAUAUAAAUGUCCUAAUUUUUAAGAUUGAUGGGAGCAUGAAGCAUUUCUUUACGUGACAGGUCCCAACAAAUGCCUGCAGUAUAGACGACCACAUACGGUUUUAGAAUUGCUCCAGGAAGUGUCUUGACAGAGAAUCAGAGCUGGACAAAGCAGCCUGGAUCUGAGUGAGCCAACUGGCACCAUGAAAAUAUCAGGUGUCUUUCUGCUUCUCUCUCUGGCUUUUUUCUGCUUUUUCUCAGGUAUCUUCAGUCAAGGAGUUCAGGACAAGAGAGGCUGGAUCACAAGAUCAGAGGGCCGGUGGCCAGGGAAAGGUGGCUUAAGGCGGCAUCUCUUUCACGUUGACUGUGGUGAGUUCCAGGAUCCCAAGGUUUACUGCACUCGAGAAUCUAAUCCCCACUGUGGUUCUGACGGCCAGACAUAUGGCAAUAAAUGUGCCUUCUGUAAGGCGGUGGUGAAAAGCGGUGGGAAGAUCAACCUAAAGCACCCUGGAAAAUGCUGAAUCAGAACCAGUGUUCUCUGCUGACUCACCAGCUCCCUUGUCCUUCUCUCUUGCUUCUGCUGACUUUUCUCUAGUGACUCCCUUCAAUUUAUAAAUACACUCCUACUCUGCCUGGAUUUUGGGGAGUUCAAUAUAUUUCCCUUGAUUUACUUGUCAAUAAAGUAAAUUCUGUAGA